GAAAAGAAGGAGCUAGCUAUUGUUGAGUGAAUGUAGUGUGAGGGAGUUGCUCAGUCGCAGCUUAACUGCAACGCCAACAACCAUUAGCUGCAUACCCUCUUUUCUCGAUUUCCUUUGCUAUGAUUUUGACAAGAUGAUGAAUCGGACUCUGCGCUUUCUCCUUCUUCUCCUUCUCUGUUCCCACGUCCUCUCAUGGAAGAAGGACGAGUUCAGAAACUGCAACCAGACCCCAUUCUGCAAGCGAGCUCGAUCUCGCAACCCCGGUCACUCCUCCCUCGUCGCCACCGACGUCUCCAUCGCCGACGGCGACCUCACCGCCAAGCUCAUCUCCAAAGAUCAACCCCAAACCGAAACAAAACCCUUGAUCCUCACCCUCUCCGUCUACCAAGACGGUAUCCUCCGCCUCAAGAUCGACGAAGACCCUUCACUCUCCCCACCCAAAAAACGCUUCGAGGUCCCAGACGUCGUCGUUUCCGACUUCCCCAACAAAAAGCUCUGGCUCCAAAGACUCUCCUCUGAGGACGGUCCUUCCUCCGUCGUCUACCUCUCCGACGGCUACGAUGCCGUCCUCCGCCACGACCCAUUCGAGCUCUACGUCCGUGAGUCGGGUUCGGGUUCGGUUAACCGGGUCGUGUCUUUGAAUUCCCACGGGUUGUUUGAUUUCGAGCAGUUGAGGGAGAAAAUAGAAGGGGAUGAAUGGGAAGAGAGUUUCCGUAGCUACACGGACAAAAGACCCUACGGUCCUCAAUCCAUUAGCUUCGAUGUAUCGUUCUACGGUGCUGAUUUCGUGUAUGGAAUUCCCGAACGCGCUACAAGUCUUGCAUUGAAGCCAACCAGAGGACCCGGUGUUGAUGAAUCAGAACCUUACAGGCUCUUCAACUUGGAUGUCUUCGAGUACAUUCACGAUUCCCCAUUUGGGCUUUAUGGUUCGGUGCCUUUCAUGGUUUCGCACGGGAAAUCGAGGGGUUCUUCUGGUUUCUUCUGGUUGAAUGCUGCUGAGAUGCAAAUUGAUGUUCUUGCCCCUGGUUGGGAUAGUGGGUCUGGGAUUGCGCUUCCUUCUUCGCAGAGCAGGGUUGACACGUUUUGGAUGAGUGAAAGUGGUGUUGUGGAUGUGUUCUUUUUUGUAGGUCCUCUUCCUAAGGAUGUGUUGAGGCAGUACACGAGUGUGACGGGGACUUCUGCAUUGCCUCAACUGUUCUCCAUUGCUUAUCACCAGUGCAGGUGGAACUAUCGUGAUGAGGAGGAUGUUGAGCAUGUUGAUUCCAAGUUUGAUGAGUUGGACAUUCCUUAUGAUGUUCUGUGGCUUGAUAUUGAGCACACCGAUGGGAAGAGGUAUUUUACUUGGGAUAGGGUUCUUUUCCCUAAUCCUGAAGAGAUGCAGAGGAAGUUGACUGGGAAGGGUAGACGCAUGGUCACCAUUGUGGAUCCUCAUAUUAAGCGAGAUGAGUCCUUUCAUCUGCACAAGGAGGCCUCGGAGAAGGGAUAUUAUGUUAAGGAUGCCAGUGGCAAUGACUUUGAUGGUUGGUGCUGGCCUGGCUCAUCAUCAUACCCUGACACGUUAAACCCUGAAAUUAGGUCCUGGUGGGCUGAUAAGUUUUCUUAUCAAAAUUAUGUUGGUUCAACUCCUUCUCUUUACAUAUGGAAUGACAUGAAUGAACCUUCCGUCUUCAAUGGUCCGGAGUUGACAAUGCCGAGAGAUGCUUUACACUAUGGAGGUGUGGAACAUCGGGAGUUGCACAAUGCAUAUGGAUAUUACUUCCAUAUGGCAACAGCUGAUGGGCUAUUGAAGCGUGGUGAGGGGAAAGACAGGCCAUUUGUUUUGUCAAGAGCAUUAUUUGCUGGAACUCAAAGGUAUGGAGCAGUUUGGACUGGGGAUAACUCUGCCGAUUGGGAUCACUUAAGAGUUUCUAUUCCAAUGGUUUUGACCCUUGGUCUUACUGGGAUGACAUUCUCUGGUGCUGAUGUUGGUGGGUUUUUUGGGAAUCCUGAACCUGAGUUAUUGGUUCGCUGGUAUCAGAUAGGAGCUUAUUAUCCUUUCUUCAGGGCCCAUGCCCAUCAGGACACAAAAAGAAGAGAACCAUGGUUAUUUGGAGAACGAAAUACAGAAUUGAUUAGGGAUGCAAUACAUGUUCGUUAUUCGCUUCUCCCAUAUUUCUACACAUUAUUCAGAGAGGCUAACAGUACUGGUGUUCCUGUUGUCCGUCCAUUGUGGAUGGAAUUCCCAUCUGAUGAAGCUACUUUUAGCAAUGACGAAGCCUUCAUGGUUGGGAACAGUCUUUUAGUGCAAGGGAUCUAUACUGAGCGAGCUAAGCAUGCAUCAGUCUAUUUGCCUGGAAAAGAAUCCUGGUAUGACCUAAGAACUGGAACUGUGUACAAGGGAGGGGUGACACACAAGUUGGAGGUUACGGAGGAGAGCAUUCCUGCUUUCCAGAGAGGCGGAACCAUUCUAACAAGAAAAGACCGAUUUCGGCGAAGUUCCACUCAGAUGACAAAUGAUCCCUAUACUCUGGUUAUAGCUCUGAAUAGUUCCCAAGCAGCUGAAGGUGAACUCUACAUUGAUGAUGGCAGGAGCUUUAAUUUUCUGCAAGGGGCAUACAUCCAUAGACGUUUUAUUUUUUCAAAUGGGAAACUUACAUCUAUAGACCUGGCACCUGCUACCGGUGGCAAUGUUCACUAUCCAUCAGAUGCUGUCAUUGAGAGGAUUAUCCUGCUAGGACAUGCUCCUGGCUCAAAGCAUGCACUGAUUGAACCAUCAAAUCACAAUGUUGAUAUCGAACUUGGCCCCCUUUGGAUUCAAAGGGCACGUGCACCAGCUGUCAUGACCAUACGUAAACCUAAUGUCCGUGUUGCAGAUGAUUGGACUAUAAAAAUUUUGUAACAUAAUUUGAGGAAGGUAUUUAAUGUUCAAUGUUACUGGCAGUGCAAAACUAGAUUUGUUUCUGUAGUUGAGUUGAUAUGAAGUGGAACCGCAAACAUUGGGGCAAGAAGAAAGAAAAUCACAAGUCUACCAAUUCAGUUUGAGCGGCUUGUUUAAUGACUAGGAUUUGAGAAAGAUUAACAUUGGAAGUUGUGAUUCCAUUGUUGCCUACAGGAAUUAAUUUGAUAACGAUAAAUUUUUAUCAUCUACAAUGGUGCCCCUCGUCCUUCGUGGUCUACUUGUGUUU